AUGUCAAUUCAACAUGUUUUCAUUAUCAGUAAAGCGGGUUCUUUAAUCUAUUCAUGGGAGAACAAAGCUAAUGAAUCAAUAAGUGUUGAAAAAACAUAUGAAUGGCCAUUAGAUAUUAAAUUAAACUAUAUAGAUCAAAAAGCUACAGUGGUAUUUGGUGAAAAUGACAAAAUAAAGUUACGAUAUACAAUUUCAGCCAUCAAUAAAUUGAAUAUUGUUAAUGGGAAAUUUAUUGAAAAUGAUGAAGAAAAAGAUAUACUUGAAUAUUUAGCCGAUGAAAAAAAUUAUCCUUUAACGUUAACUUUUAAUUCACCUCAAUUAACAGCUAAUGAAAAAAUCAUUUUAUCUUCUAUGUUUCAUUCAUUAUAUACAAUAGCAGCACAAGUUGCACCGACACCAAAAAGUUAUGGUAUUGAAUGUCUAGAGACAACUCAAUUUAAAUUACAUUGUUUUCAAUCAUUAACUGGAGUAAAAUUUAUUGCUGUUGUUUCAGAAUCAUUUACACAAUCAGUUGAUGGUUUAUUGAGAAAAAUUUAUGAAAUAUAUGCAGAUUUUGCUUUGAAAGAUCCUUUUUAUGCUAUUGAUAUGCCUAUACGUUGUGAAAAAUUUGAUGAUGCAUUAAAUACAACUUUGGAAAAAUAUGAAAAUACGAGUGCUGUGACAAUAUAA